AUGGGAGGUGCGAUGGUGAAGAGCUUCAAGCGCAGCAGCAUCAUCUCGACGCUGUCCAGCAACAUCUACCCUUGGUCGACUGGGGAUGACGGGGGGGACGAGGCGUUGCUGGACGAGCAGUUGGGGAUGCAGGAGGAGCAGCCCCCCAGCCCACCGAAUCCUGAGAUACAACGGCUGAUCUCAGAGUUUCUGGAAGCAGAGACAAGUGACAAGAUGGAGUUUGAGAGCAUCGUUGAGAACACAGCCAAGGCUAUCCAUGCUGAGAUGAAGGAGAUUCUCAACACACAGCUCCUCAUCUCACAGCUCAAGCGCGAGAUUGUAGUGGAGGAAUGGAGCAAUGAGAGACAAAACCUCGAGUCCACGUUCCAGCUCUUCAACCAUCAAAGAAAUCUGUAUAAUGCCUUGCUGACCACUGCUCAGGUUGAGGAAGAGACCAGGGAGCUAGAGACUCUCGCUCGUGAGGAGAAAGAAUUGCAUGAGAUCAUUGUCGAGUACAAGAAUGACAUCAAAGGAGUUCUGAUGAGACAGCGGAUGAUUCAGAUGAAAAUCGAGUCAAGAAGCAAAUCGAAGCAAGAGCGUAUCCUGGAGGACGAAGAGCUUGCUAGACUGGAGGCAGAAGAGCGGUUUGCUGAAGCCGGCAUGAGGCAUGAACUGACUUUGGCCGAGGCGACGAAGUUGAAGAAGCUGAGACUCAAGAAAUCUGAGUGGAUCAAGAAUGCAGAGGCAAGAGAACAAGAAACCAAAGAUUACCGGGACAAGCUUGCAAGAUUUGAAGGCGAACUGCACAGCACACGAUCAAGACUAGAAAACGCGAAGAAGGAGGAGGAGCAUAUGAUCCUGAAGAUGAGAGAUCAACGAGAGAAACUCCGCCAGUCACAAGAAAAUCUCAAAGAGAUCAAUAUGCUGAUUCUGCGAGAAGUGGGCGAGAACUCCCCCGACCACAACCCUCAAGAUCAAAGGUCUCCUUCGCAGAUGAACUCUCACAGGAAGGAGGAGAUAAGGACGCACGAUGGAUUUCUUGUGAUCAUCUACACGCCGAACGCCUUUCCUUCCUCUGAAGCGGAUGAGAAGCUGUUUUCAGUCUCUUGCUCACUGCCCGAUAUCAACCUGCAGGGAUUGGACGACUACCGGGUGAUGAUAGACAAAUACCCUUACCCCAAAUGUCGUCGGGAGGCCAGUUGCUGGUUCGACGUCGAACUUGCUGGUGAAUAUGUGUUCUGCUUGUCGACAAGAGCGAGAGCAUUGCUGUUGGUCGAUGACACCUUCGUGUUGGAGACAGAGAGUAUAGGGGAGGCACAAGGAGAAGAAACGAUCAGCGGCAGGGUCAGAGGCUUUUUCUGUGAGUUUUUCUAUGUCGGUUGUCAGAUCGAGCCACCCUUGAAGGAAUUUCUCGUCACUGCGACAUGCAACUGGUCUGAUAUCAUCUCUGACAUCAACCUGCCGAGCGCGAGGGAUUUCUUGGACUGUGACCCUCACUGCCCGCUCGAGUACAUGGUUGUUCGGUGCUCGGGUUGGUUGCACAUCCGCCAUCCAGGGACGUACUUGUUCUCGCUGGAGUCAGAGGAUGGGUCUUAUCUGAUCGUUGAUGAUGAGCUGGUGGUCGACAACGGGGGGGCACACGGGUUCUGCUCAGCGAGGAACUCAAAGUUCUUGCAGAGGGGGGAAAAGAGGGUUGAGGUUCAGUUCUUCAUCAAUGAAGGAAACCCCGGGCUGGUUGUGACGAUGAAUGGACCAGACACUGGAGGGGAGGAGAGGCUGCUGAGCGGAUACUGCACGGAUCAAACGGGGAGGUUGAAAGGAGGAGGAUUGAGGUCAAGGCAAGUGCAUCAGGGAACGGGUCUGGAGCAAGGGAGUGCGAGGGCUAGGGGGGACAUUGAAGUAGCAGAGAACGGCUCGGAGGUUUCAGACUCAACUAGCUGCAAGUCUGUUGGUGUGGUCUGCUUGCGGAAGGGAAGGCAUCAACUGGAGCUGACGUGGGAAGAGGAGGAGGCAAUCUGCUUGAGGUACAAGGGACCAGAUACCCUGCAGGUGGAGAAGAUGGUAGGAGGGUACCACCAACCGUCUGCUCUUACAGACACUCUCAGUAUAUGGACCAGUCCAACGAAAGAGUCAGAUAAGCUGGAGUUCUCGGAAUGGCAGGAGAGGUCACAGUCACUCUAA